CGCUUGCCGAGGCAGAGCUGCGAGGGGGCUGUGUGGAUAAAACCAGCUUGCCAUGUCUCUUUUCCUGGGGACAAAACGGCCGGAGAAGCCGCCCAGGACCAGCAGCUCCUUUCUCCGGCUGGCCCCGGUGGAGGCGACCAGCAGCGAGAGCAGGGCUUCGGAUCCCUCCAGGAAAAGGACCCGGCGCCCUCUCGCCCGCCCCCCGACGAGCCGGCCAAGCCAUGCCCCAUAACUCCAUCCGCUCAGGACACGGAGGAUUGAACCAGCUGGGCGGGGCCUUUGUGAAUGGCCGGCCCCUGCCAGAGGUGGUGAGGCAGCGCAUUGUAGACCUGGCACACCAGGGAGUGAGGCCCUGCGACAUCUCUCGACAGCUGCGGGUCAGUCACGGUUGUGUCAGCAAAAUCCUUGGCAGUAGGUACUACGAGACGGGCAGUAUAAGGCCAGGUGUGAUCGGGGGCUCCAAGCCCAAGGUGGCAACCCCCAAGGUGGUGGAGAAGAUUGGGGAUUAUAAGCGGCAGAACCCCACCAUGUUUGCUUGGGAAAUCCGGGACCGGCUGUUGGCAGAGGGCGUCUGUGACAAUGACACUGUUCCCAGUGUCAGCUCCAUCAACAGGAUCAUUCGCACAAAGGUUCAGCAGCCGUUCAACCUCCCGAUGGAGAACUGCAUGGUGCCAAAAACAUUGAGCCCUGGCCAUAACCUCAUCCCCAGCUCAGCUGUGACUCCUCCUGAGUCGCCCCAGUCAGACUCUCUGGGCUCCUCCACCUACUCUAUCAACGGCCUUCUAGGGAUCGGCUCCCCCAGCAGCGACCACAAGAGAAAAAUCCAGGACACAGGUGACCAGGAGAGCUGCCAGCUCAGCACAGACUCUCAAGGCAGCAGCACCCCCCACAAGCACCUGCGCAGCGAGGCGUACGGGCAGCACCUGCUGGAGUGCCCUUUCGAGAGACAGCACUUCCCAGAGGCUUACGCUUCCCCCAGCCAUGCCAAGGGAGAACAGGCAGGUAUCUAUGCCGUGCCCCUGCUCAACACAUCCAUGGACGACGGGAAAUCUAUGCUCACGCCUUCCAACCCAUCGCUGAGUCGUAACCUGGCGGCCCAUCAGACAUACUCUGCUGUGACAGGGCGCGAAGUGGUUGGCUCCACCCUUCCAGGCUACCCUCCCCACAUCCCAACUGGCGGGCAGGGAAGCUAUAGCUCAUCUGCAAUUGCUGGCAUGGUGGCAGCAGGGAGUGAUUAUUCUGGCGGCGCCUACAGUCACGGCCCUUACACCAGCUAUGGAGAGCCCUGGCGAUUCCCCAACUCUGGACUGCUGGGUUCCCCAUAUUACUACAGCUCAUCUUCACGGGGCCCUGUACCUCCCAACACCACCUACGACCACCUGUAGAUGAUCCAGUCCCUCUGGGAGCCAGGCCAGCUCUCCUGGGCCACUCUGUUUAUAGCCCAGCGGCAACGAAGAGGGAUGUGAACUGGUUCAAUCUACAGACUGCCCCAGUGGGCAAUGGAAUCCACACAAGCAGUUGCAGCAAUUGCAAGCAUGCGAGGCCACCCUGUUACCCAUGAAGCUGGGAAGGAUGGAGGAGCAGGUGGCAUUAAUGUGCUUGCGUCCCCGGACUCCAAAAGUGAGGACAGUCUAAACACCUUGAAAUCGAGGAACUCAAACUAAUGAAAUCAAGUGAUGCUUUAUGAAGUCACUUUGCUACUGUUCUCUCUUGCACGAUGGCGGGUGAAGGUGCUUGUGCAAACUGUGGGUCUUUGAAAGGACUGGACACUUGGAGAGGGGCAGAGGGAGUAGUUGGGAGAAGAGCAGGCUUGGGGCUUGAACGCCUCGGCUGCUUCUCUCCUCACCCUAGGGGAUCCUGGCUGCAGUUUAAGUUGCUUGCUUGUGCAGAUCGCACUGUCCCUUAUUUCUGGCUGUUCCUGUUUCGUUCUUGCCAUGUUUGAACAGCAGGAAAAGGAAGGCACAAAUGCAGCCUCACAGAUAAGGACCCCAAGUGCAACGGAGGCGGCUGAUUCAGUUACGGAGGGGGCGAAGACAGAUGGGCUGAGCAUCUUUCGGUCAGGAGGAGUGGGGCACAACAAACAGCUGGUGGGAAAUUUCCCAGUGGAGGAUUCUCAGCUUGCAACUCCAAGUUAAAUCUCACAAUUCCUUUCCUGGUGGGCUCUUUCCCCCUCGUCCUCUUUUACUGGCUUGCUCUAAUACAGGGGCCAGAUCCGGCCAGCAAACUGCUCUUGCCAACAUUUGCAGACCUGAUCUCAUUUCAGCGUUGGCAUGGUACCUGCAAAGUUGCCAAGGCAAGAUGUUGAGGGCCUUGUCCCUUUUGGGGGGUUGAGCUGUUCCUUUACCUAGUGGAAACUGAAGCAGAGCUGCUGGAACGUGGUAGGUGUCGAGUUGCGCUGUGUGUCCACGUCUAUAUGCCUUUGUUUCAUGCUGUAUAGACAGUACUUUACACAAGCUGCAUCCCUGGGAAAUGGGCGUGGGUUUUCGCCCUGCCUCCAUCAGCACAGAACAGUCUCCUCCCCUGCAUCCCUUUGAAUAAAAGCAGUUUGUAUUAAUGACAC